AUGUCCCGUGUUUCGUUGCUACUUGCCAGCCUUCUCGUACCUUCUGUCUACUCAACUUAUCUUUCCGAGUCAUGGAUGCUCAGCUCUGAAAAGCCGACCGGCCCUCAAUGUGUAACCAUUCCACGAAACCUCACCAUCUGCUACGGCAUGCAGUACAGUCAAAUGCGGCUGCCGAACUUACUGGAACACGAGACAAUCAACGAGGCGAUUCAUCAGUCGAAUGACUGGAAAUCAUUACUGCAGCUGAACUGUCAUCCCGACACCCAGCUGUUUUUGUGCUCCUUGUUCGCUCCAAUAUGUCUACCCACUAUGGACAAAGAAAUUCUACCCUGUAGGUCACUCUGCUGGGCAGUGAAACAGGGUUGUGAAGGCCGAAUGUCCAUUUACGGCUUCCCGUGGCCAGAAAUGCUGUCUUGCGAGAAAUAUCCAGAGGACAACGACAUGUGCAUCAAGGCGGUGAACACCGAAAAACAAGCACGAGACAUCAGCUGUCCGGCGUGCAUUCAGGUCGGCACCUACGAGAACCUCGUCGACCACUUUUGUCGCAGCCAACUAGUACUGAAAGCGAAAGUAACCAGAAUCAAUGGAGCACACAUAAGGUUUCGUAAUGGACGAAGUUUGAAGAAAGCAGACAGAAGAAGAGUUCUUGAAGACAACGAUGUGCGCCUUUCGACCAAUUCCUCGGAAUGUCCCUGCAACAUCAUUGACGGGUCCGAACGUCGUUUUCUAGUGAUGGCGUCUAAAAGCACCGAUGGAAAACUUGUGGCGAACCUCAUACUUCCAUGGAAGAAAGAUAAGAACUUCAGACGAGCGAUCCACCAAUUCCAGCGUCUGAACUGCAAAUCGUUAGGUCGGGAAAUUCGAGAGAGUGCCUCACGAAGGCCACACUACUAUUCAAUGAGGCGGCACAACCAGCGGCACCUCUUGUGA